AUGUCGUUAAUAUCCACUUCUACCGUUCUACCUCUACACCUGAACACCAAGCAAACUCACUGUCUGCAGCCAGAAAGACUGGCAUUGCUCAUAGACAAAAGCAAAUCUAUCAAACCCCUAAGCCAAAUCCAUGCGUUUGUAAUCUGUCAUGGUCUGGAAAGCCAUCCAGUCUUGAAUUUCAAGCUCCUGCUCUCAUAUUGUUCUCUAAGUCAUCUUGAACAUUCUGUGUCCCUCUUUAAUCGCACCCAAAAUCCUAGUGUUUACUUUUACACUGGCAUUAUCCAUGGCCAUGCCAUAAAUGAUCUCCACGAAAAAGCUUUUCUUUUCUAUGUGCUAAUGUUAUCUGAAGAUGCGGAACCUAAUGCAUUCACAUUGUCUGCUAUCCUCAAAGCUUGCCCGUUGGAAUCUGGGAAAUCCCUCCAUUGCCAAGUGCUUAAACUUGGCUUGAAGUUUGAUACUUAUGUGAGAAUGUUGUUUAAUAGAAUGGAGGAGGGGGAUGUUGUAUCUCGGAAUGUGAUGAUUGAUGGGUAUGCUCGGAAUGUGAUGAUUGAUGGGUAUGCUCAGAAUGUAAGACCUAAUGAUGCUUUGAUUCUCUUUAGGCAGAUGUUGAAGGCAAAGGUGAAGCAUAAUGAGGCAACUCUGCUGGCAGUUCUCUCUGCUUGUGGGCAGGUGGGAGCAUUGGAGUUGGGCCGGUGGAUUCAUUCUCACAUGCAGUAUAAUGGGAUUCCAGUAUAUGCUAGGAUGGGUAGUGUUUUGGUUGAUAUGUAUUGUAAAUGUGGAAGUUUGGAGGAUGCAAGGACGAUGUUUGAUGGGAACAAGGACAAUGAUGUUGUUGCAUUUAAUUCGAUGAUAGUUGGGUAUGCAAGUCACGAAUUUAGUCAAGAAGCGUUGGAGUUGUACAACAACAUGAGUGGCAUUGGCCACAUCCCUACUGAGAUAACCUUUAUUGAAAUUUUAAGUGCUUGCGUUCAUGCUAAAAGAUCAGUACGGGAUUCAACCUAA